ACUUAUCUCUCUCUACAACCCACAAAUUUAUUAAAUAACAUUCUAGAGAGAUAAAGACCUAAAAACUUGGCCACUAUGCCAAAUUAUACACUAGCCAAAAACCUCAACCUAUGUUUUUCCCUUCUACAACGUCCCCAACCCCAAAUAAGAUCUCAUUCCCCACAAAACCACCACACCUUAAACUACAACUCAUUAUAUGAUCAUCGCGACUUCCCUCCUACUCGUCCACCACCACUCACCGCCACUUCAUCCGCCUAUAUCUCAGCUCCAGGCUCCCCAUCCUCCGUCUCCACAGACUACAUGGAGACGGAGGAUAUAAUAGAGGCAGCGGUGGGAUCCACUACUCCAGACCUCACCGCUGCCUAUGCCUCACAACGAUUUUUUAUCUCCUCUCCGGGUAGGUCAAACUCAAUCGUUGACUCUCUUUCUCUUUCUUCUUCUACUUUAUUAUCUCCUGCUGAAGAAAACGAAACCAUUAUUUCUAGUUCGUCAUCCACUACAGAAGUAGUCGGGGGAGUACCUAUACAGACGUACUCCCCUGACCCAUACGUGGACUUUAGACAGUCCAUGCAGGAAAUGGUGGAAGCACGUGACUUAGGAAGAUUAGAAGUCAAAGAAGCAUGGGAAUAUUUACAAGAAUUACUAUUAAGCUAUUUGGCGUUGAAUCCUAAGAACACUCAUAAGUACAUUGUUGGAGCUUUUACUGAUCUAGUUGUUAAUCUUAUGUCGUCUCCUAAUAAUAAUUGUGAUUCUUCUCCUAUUUCUUUUUCUUCAUCAUCUUGUGAUGAUCAUGAUCAUCAUCAUGAUCAUAAGGAUGAUCAUAAUGGGGGUCGUUAUGUAUGAUAAGAAAGUGCAUUAAUUUAUGAUCAUCAAAUCAUUCAAUGUAA